AUGGCCGCUGAACUCUCCGCCAAUCUCUUCUUGCAGUUCGUCAAGAGCCGACGAACCUACUACCCCCUCUCAAAGAACCUUCCCAUCUCCACCUCUCGCAUCCAGGAGAUUGUUAACGAGGCUGUCCUGCAUACCCCCACAUCCUUUAACUCCCAGUCUAACCGUCUGGUCGUCCUCCACGGCACCGAGCAUGAGAAGCUGUGGGACAUCACUAUUGACACCCUGAAGCCUAUCGUGCCCGCUGCGAACUGGACGGUCACUAGUGAUAAGCUCGCCUUAUUCAAGGGCGCCGCUGGUACCAUCCUCUUCUUCAAUGAUAUCACCACCGUCGAGGGCCUACAGGCCAAAUUCGUCCCCUUCGCCGACAAGUUCCCCUUGUGGGCUAGCCAGAGUCUUGGCAUGCUGCAGUUUGUCCUCUGGACUGCCCUCGAGGCUGAGGGUCUCGGUGCUAACCUCCAGCACUACAACCCUCUGAUCGACGAGAAGGUCGCCGAGGCUUGGAGGGUCCCCGCUAACUGGAAGCUUAAUGCCCAGCUUGUCUUUGGUGGCAAGACUAGCGAGGCUACCGCUAAACAGUUCAAUCCUCUCGAGGACUGUGUUAAGGUGUUUGGUGCUUAG